CUGUUAGAAUUUAACGAGAUAAACAAGUGGAAAAUUGAUUUUUAUAUAUAAAACAGUCUACAUGUAAAUUUCAAUAACUAUUUCAUGAUAUAAAUAAAGUUUUUGAUCGGUACAUUGAUGAACUUCACAUUUUCAAGAGUAAUACCGAAAACAUUGCCGGAAAAAUAAAAAAGUGAUAGUUGCAUUAUACAUUGUGUAUUGUCCGAACAAAAUUAUUGGAACUGAUAAUGUCUGGAACAUGUCGUUUAUGUUUGGGAGGAAACUUCGAGCUCAAUUCGAUAGCAGUAGAGGACGAAGAAAUGCGCCGGAAAAUCGAUAAAAUAUUUUACUUUCCCAUUUUCCGCAGCCCGCAAAUACCGAGUCUUGUUUGUCUCAAUUGUAAACAAUUGGUGUUCGAGUUCUAUGAAUAUGCCGAGAACGUGCAGAAGAAUCAGCAGAGCCUUUGUAAUUUACUGACACACGAGGUCGACGACCAUGCGACUGAACUGGACGCAUGUAUUAAAAAAGAGCUUCCCGAAACUGAGUGGGUUGCUGUCGAUAACAUGUCAGACGGCACCCUAUGCGUGGAUGAAGAAUUCGAGUUGAAAGAAGAACUUGAAGUGGAGGUCGGUGAAGCGGAAAUAGAUCACGAUAUUGCCAGUACGUCGGAGACGUUGCAAAAUAAAUCAGUUAGUGGAAAAGAGGAAGCAUCACCUAGACGGUACACACUAAGAAAAAAGAGACCUCGCGCUAGUAGUGAGAUGACCAACAGUUUGAUUGAUAAAAUGGUUCUUAAGCACCACAAACUGUCGUGCGAUUUGUGUUCAAUUCCGCUGAAAGAUUUUGUAGAAAUGCGCAAACAUUUUGUGUCGGUUCACAAAGAAGAGCCUUAUUUAAUGUGUUGCGAUAAGAAACUGUAUAAGAAAUACCGCAUGGUUCAACAUCUACAGCUACAUCUGAAUCCGGAUGCGUUCCGCUGUGAAAUUUGCAUGAGAAGCUACAGCUCGAAAAAGGUUCUUCGGGAGCACAUGAAAGAAGUAUGCUUACCAAGAGAAAGCCAACGAGAGCAAUCGAUAGAUGAAGUAAAGGUCAAACCUGUUGAGAUAGAGAAGAAAGCUGAGAAACCAGCGGAACCGGACGCUGAGGUGUUGGUACUUCAGCAUCAUAAGCUAGCGUGUGAUCUUUGUUCGGUGCCGCUAAAAGAUUUCAAAGAACAACGAAAGCAUUAUGUUUCGGUUCACAAUGAAGAACCUUAUUUAAAUUGCUGCAAAAAGAAGUUCUAUAGAAAAUUUCGAAUGGUUCAGCAUCUUCAGUUGCAUCUUGAUCCAGAUGCGUUCCGUUGUGACAUCUGUAAUAAAAGCUACAGUUCAAAAAGAGUUUUACGAGAACAUCAAAAAGACGUACACACAUCAAAACAAUCGCGUGAAGUAAGUGCCACACCGAUUGUCAAACCAAAAGUCAAAACUUCGAGCGCGAAACCCACGGACGAUGAAUUGAUUCUAGAGCAUUUCAAUCUAUCGUGUGAUUUAUGUCAACAAUCAUUCAAUGACUUCGGGGACCUACGACAGCAUUUUGAAUCAGUGCACAACGAGGAACCCUAUCUAAAGUGUUGCAAUAAAAAGUUUAACAAAAAGUAUUUGAUGGUUCAGCAUCUGCAGUGGCACAUGAAUCCAGAAAUCUUUCGCUGUGAUAUCUGCAGCAAAAACUGCAAUUCUAAACGGCUACUGCGUGACCACGUGAGAGAGGUCCAUUUGCGGGAUAAGACAUGUCCAGAGGAGUGCAAAUCGUGCGGAAAAAUGUUUCACAAUAGAACUCUUCUGAAAGCACACCUAAGGCGGGCGCACCUAUCGGUACCAUGCCCCAAAUGUCCCAAACUGUUGUCUCCAGGAUCACUUUGGAAACAUCUUUUAUCAAUUCACGGUGAAGCGCAGGACUUCGUUUGUGAAAUAUGUGCUCGUUGUUUCCGGGAUAAACGAUGUUUUCAAGCACACAUGAAAGGACACAUGGGAACCCGGCAUGAGGACCGAGUUCAGUGUACAGUUUGCUCGCUGUGGUUGACGAACAAAUAUCAGCACACGAAACAUAUGCGGCGCAUACACAUCGAACCGGGACUAGAAGAAAUUCACCAAUGUAAUUUGUGUGGAAAAGUGAUGCGAAAUCGCGAAGCGCUAAAUGUCCACAAGCAUCGCAUUCACAGCCCAAUGAAGUACGAGUGUAGCUAUUGCCAUCAGAAGUUCCGAAUGAGACGACAUAUGAAGGAACAUACAGCGAUGCAACAUACUGGAGUUCAUCUGUAUGCUUGCGAUCAUUGCCCCGAGCGAUUCUUCACCAAAAAUAAACAAUAUACACAUCGAAAGAGUGUUCAUCCGGUGGAGUUCGAGGAGGAAAUGCAAAAGCGACUAAUGAUGAAUACGAGUAAUACGACAUGAAUGGUUUUUGGCACUCAAUAAUAGAACUAAGUUAUUACCAUAUGUAUCUGAUAAUGUCUGAAUGUAUCUGACACAAGGAAAAAUCAUAAAGUUUCUGUAUUGGUUUUCGUGAGAUUCACACUGAACAAGUCUCGAGUACCGUAAAAAUUUCUGACUGGCAAAUCGAUUUUUUUUAAUUUGUUAUUCUGAAAGAAUUGGUUGAUUUUUAAAAGCUACAGUUUUUUUUGUUUUGAUCAAUAACCGGCACAAACACUGUGAUCCGGAAUUUUCCCUCAGUGUUUUUUUACAGUGGGUUUUUAUGCCCUUAUCAUGAGUUAGUCGAGUAGU